AUGUCGACGAUGAUCUAUUUUUCGCUUUGUGUUUUAUUAUUUUCUUCAACCAUUUUAUCAACACCUACACCAGCUGUUGUUUAUUCAGCUGUUAUUCAUAAUCCACAAAGUUCACCACUUCAAUGUACGAUUAAAUGGGCAGGACCAGGACGUACUCCGUUAGAAAAGGAUCUAAUUACAGUUGAAAGCAAUAAAUAUACAGUUGUACCUGAAAAAACCGUAGAUAUGGAUGGUUGGACAGCACGUAAAAUUAUUCGAGUAAUUCGUUGUGGAGAUUUAAAACUAAAAGCACCAUUUCCAAAAGUUAAUACGAUACAAACAUAUUGGGAAUUUCGUGUUGAACCGAAUGAAAUAGUUUCGGUUGGACCAAGUUCAUAUGUAUCCAACGACGAAAAUUAA